UGACAUCAUGGAGACACUGAUAUGGCAAUGCUACUGUUAGAAACAUUCUAGUCUGUUUCAGACAGACAGCCUAACCAACAUCAUGUCGUUGAGCUGGUCAGCAAAAGACCACAAGAGUUCUACAAAUCCCCCCUCCAAUCCUACCCAAGGGCUGAAGCGGCCACGGAAUGACACAGGGAACAAAGUGACUGUGGUGCUCGGUGCGCAAUGGGGAGAUGAAGGCAAAGGAAAAGUCGUCGAUUUACUGGCGACUCAGUCUGACCUUGUUUGCAGAUGUCAGGGUGGUAACAAUGCAGGCCACACAGUGGUAGUAGAAGGCACAGAGUAUGACUUCCACCUUCUCCCCAGUGGCAUUAUCAACCCCAAAAGCAUAUGUGUCAUUGGUAAUGGCGUAGUCAUACACCUACCAGGCUUGUUUGAGGAGGCGGAGAAGAAUGAGAAGAAAGGUCUCAAAGGUUGGGAGAAGAGACUAAUUGUCUCUGACAGAGCUCACCUCGUGUUUGAUUUCCACCAGGUUGUGGAUGGAAUUCAGGAGACCCAGCGACAAGCGACAGAGGGAAAGAUUAUUGGAACGACCAAGAAAGGCAUUGGACCCACCUAUACCAGCAAAGCAUCUCGCAUUGGACUGCGUGUCUGUGACCUUCUGGGAGACUUUAAAGAGUUCUCUACCAAAUUCAAGAACCUUGUCGCACAGUACCAGUCCAUGUACUCAUCCCUGACAGUUGAUACUGAUACUCAGCUGAAAAAACUGAAGGAGUAUGGAGAGAGGUUGCGGCCGAUGGUGCGGGAUGGAGUCUACUACAUGUAUGAGGCUCUUCAUGGACCCCCAAAGAAAAUUCUGGUGGAAGGGGCCAAUGCUGCCCUCCUCGACAUUGACUUUGGCACAUAUCCUUUUGUGACCUCAUCAAACUGCACUGUUGGUGGGGCAUGCACUGGUCUUGGCAUCCCUCCCCUGAAUAUUGGUGAAGUGUAUGGUGUAUCAAAGGCCUACACCACCAGGGUAGGAAUUGGUGCCUUCCCCACAGAACAGCUCAAUGCAACAGGUGAGCUGCUGCAGACGAGAGGUCAUGAGGUGGGCGUGACAACGGGCAGGAAACGUCGCUGUGGCUGGCUGGACCUGGUCAUCCUGAGAUACGCCCACAUGAUCAAUGGCUUCACUGCCAUUGCUUUGACAAAACUUGACAUCCUUGAUGUGCUGGAUGAGAUCAAAGUAGGAGUGGCCUACAAAAUCAAUGGCAAAAGAAUUCCCCAUUUCCCAGCUAACAUGGAGCUGUUGCACAAAGUGGAGGUAGAGUAUGAGACCUUCCCAGGCUGGAAGAGUGAUACGUCUGCAGCCAGGAAGUGGAAUGAUCUCCCCCAGAAGGCUCAGAACUACAUCCGCUUUGUGGAGAACCACAUUGGAGUACCCAUUAAGUGGGUCGGCGUCGGCAAGUCCAGAGAGUGCAUGAUCCAGAUGUUCUAGAGACUUUUCCUUUUCUCUCCCCAAGAUGGAUGCACAUGGAUGGACAAGAUGUGGCUUGAUGUGACAUAUGUUUACAACCCUCAAACUAUCUAAUAUUCUGUAGAACCUGUUGCCAACAGAUACGUGUAGCCUUGAAACAAUGUUGAGUGGAAACGUUGGUAACUUUACAUCUAUCUGUGUUGCAUCAGUAAAUUGCCUUGUCAUGAUGUCUGCCAGAAAGUCCUGCAGUAUGACUGAGCCAUGUAUAAAUCUUACCUUGUGCCACACAACAACCCUGAAAGAAAAAAACACACCCAAUAACUUUUCCUCCUGAGUAAUGUUAACUGCCUUAUGUUUUUGGUCUUCUUUAGGGAUGGAUCAAAAUCUACAUAAUGUGUACCUGGAGAAAAUGGGGGAGGGUAAUGCUUUUUCAAUUUCAGUCAAGGGGAGGGCUUUGUAUUUUUUUUAAAAUCUAGUCCAGGGGAGGGUCAUGUAAUUUGUAAUUGAUGAAAUGUCUAUAUUUCUCAAGUGUUUUAGAAUGAGUUGCUUGUUAGGCUAUAUAUAUCGAUGUGUGCCCGAUGCCGCCCCUCAACCCUGAUUCUCCGCUUUGGGCGCAAUAUCAAGUGCUUCUAUAGGCUAUUUAGUGUGGUCUCAAUCAAAAGAUCCAUAGCUUAUUGGCUAUAGGCUAUGAAUUCCAUGCUCGGAGAAGCACAGAGCAAAGUUAUAUUUUUAAGAAAGCUGCUGGGAUGGUGUAAAUGAAACUAGGCUGCAUUACACACUGUAAUGUGAGCCCCGGCCUCCACCCUGAGCCCCGGCCUGCUCUGCUCUUGCUGAUCAAAAACGUCUUUGUGUGCUGCCUAACCAAUGGCUGUUCAGUGUAGGACUAUGGUGGCAGUUUAAAAGGAGAGUCAAAGGUCUCUUGCAAACAUAAUAUAUAUAUUUUUUUAUAUUAGGCCUAGUCCAAACAAUGCACUAUCUUGCGUGCAGACUAGCCUAUAACCUAUGUUCUGUUCAGCUUGAGAAGGAGAGCUUGAAGAUGAGGAGGAGGACCGGAGGUCAACUUUGAUAGCUUGCUACUACUAUAUAUGGGGAUAUCAUUGGUAGUUGUUUAGUUUAUUUGACUUUCAGACCCUGAGCUGCAACCUUCUAUAGUCAAGGAGACAAAAAAAUGACUUUGCUUGGGAAGAAAUGUAAAUCUGUCACUGUCAAUUAAGCUAUUCACUUUCUGUACAAUAGAAGAUAUUUAAUCCCAGACAGUUUUUAGGGAAGAGUAGACAGCAGUAAAUAUGACAUGUUUCUGUGUCUGUAGGCUUACAGUACAAUGCUCUGAUUGCUGCCGACCUGGUCUCGGAGCAUUUCGUAUUAUUCUGUACGUAAAUCUGAGACACUCCAUUUCGUAUGAUAUGUUACGUUUCGUAUGGUAUGUAUUAAUUUGCUAGGCUUGCGGUUAGGCUUACGGUCUGGGUUAACUUUAGGAGUUAGGUCAAAUGGUUAGGGUUAGGGGAAAGGUUAGCUAAAGGGUCAAGGGACAGGUUGGUUAACAUGCUGAGUAGUUACAAAGUUGCUAAUUAGGUAAAAUUGUCCGUGUUGAGAUUCAAACUCACAACCUUUGGUUUGCUAGACGUGCGGGUUAUAAGCCUACCCAACCACCCUAAUUUCAUUUUUGCCGUAACUAACCAUCUGUUUUUUGUAACCAUACCGAACAUAAAAUAUCAUACUAAUUUGUGUGUCUCGGGUUUACGUUUACUAUGUUAUGUUUAGUCUACAAGACCAGGCUGCAACUUGAUGUCUCAGAUUUUAUUAUUUGCAAACAGGGACAGUUUCGUUGUAAACAUUAUAAAAUGAUCACAUAGGCUUAGCUCUCUGUCCAUUCUUAGCCUGUAAUUUUGGUAAUUUGUGUGUAUUAAAAAAAUAUUCUGCUAAUGUGUAAAAUGAUGUAAAAUUGCAUGACAUUUUUUAUAAAAGGCCAUUUUUAUUCUCUGA